AUGGCUUCAAGAAGGCCAGGGCCAAAGGCUCUUGGCCGGUCAGGUGAUCUUGGGGUCAGAAACACAGGAGCUCAGAUGGAAACCCCAAGGGCUACGAUAGGGUCCGGCACGAGUUCGAAGACCAAACAAGGUCCAGAUGCCCGCCGUGAAGCGUUGCGGGCCAUCCCGCAACCCAAGAUGCCCAGCCGACUGCCAAUGGCUCUCUCACAUCGACGACCGUCCGAUGGUCAGCUCGAGCCUUCUCGUCUCGGUCAACAGUCACAUUUUCGGGCUUCGAUCGGCAGCCCCAACACUUUGGGGUUAACAGGUUCAACUGUGACUACGACGAUAACCAGCAGCAGGCUUCCGGCCCCCAGCUCCAAACCACGAAAUGUUCUCCGGAGAAAACGCUCAGGCCUGGUCCAAGACACGGCCAACCGUUCCGAUCUCCACGAGGAGUCGACCAGGACCAACUCCUCAGACUCGGACCCGUUCUCGCUGGCUUCACCCGACUUGUCGAACUUACAGCUUGAUCGCGAGCUCACCCAGAGCCCGAUGGAGAUACAUGUUGCUCACCAGGUUGAGAUUGCCAAAACCACAGCCCAACCAGUGACAAUAUACCCGGAACUGGACAGAUACGGAGAUGUUGUGCUCCACCGACUUGCUACUCAUGACCUUCCCCCCCCCACGCCUUUGUUCUCGGGAAACAGCAGUCAAGUUAGCGGAAGCCCCUCAACCAGGUGGUCCGAAUCCCCGGGGCCUGGCCCUUACAGCCGUGACACCACACCAACGUCGAUGUGCUCUCAAUCUCCUGGCCUCGUGGCUCCGUUCCGGAUUGCACCACCAUCUACCGGCAGACUACGACAGGCCGAGCUUGUUCAGACUCGACCUCCAGUCACCAAACGCAGGAACGGAAGCAUAUCAAAUGAGGUAGAUUGUGCAAGCGUUGAUCCUCAGGGGUUGCCGGUGGUAAGAGAGCUGUCCAAUUCGUCUUCGUCCAACUCGACAGUUCGCGCAGGGGCAGAUGGGAAAGAGAAGAAAAAGAAGAAGAUUGUGCUUCCACCGACCCCCCCACCUCGAAAGUCGUCGCACAAGUCCAACGGUAGCCGAGAUGAAGGCCAGUCGCCAUUUCAACCCGCACGCGAGGCUGGCCAACCACGGACGGCCUCUCCUCCUCCCGCCAAAGCCACAUUAAAUUCCCGCCCUCGACAUGUCCAGGCUGCGCAGCCUGUCACUUCGCCCAAGUCGACGCCACCUGUCAGACCCAGUCGAGAUGGAACCCCGGAUCUUCGAGUGCCAUUGGGCCAACCUAUCCCGGUCGUUCAUAGCAACUUAUCAUCUACCUCGUUGUCUGACCGAAGACAUAGUGCCCUGGCGACCCAAGGCCCUGCAAGUCGACCUCCCCCUUCGUCAUCUCUUCCGGAUCGACCGAGCUAUCUCUCUCGGCGGCCCCCUGUUCGAGAAGCUACUCCAGCACCUCGGGCUGCGACCUUUGGAGAUGUGCCGGCCUCUUCCAAACCAGAAGUUGGGAGGACCACCCGGACACCCAGUCCUGGUGUAUCAGUCUUCAAGAGCCGCUUCACGCUCUUUGGCCGGCGAACCAAAACAGUACCGGAGCCAAGCCAGGAGCAAGAGAAAAGGGAUAAGACGGCGAGGAAAGGACCUGCGGCUGGCACUGGACACGAGGGCUAUGGGCGGUUAGGACAUGCACGUCGGAGAAGCAGCACCACCCUCCCUGGUCGUGUAAUACCUGGUACCAUGUCCUCGCAGGAGGGCAAGCCAGGCGAUUCGUUUCUUGCGGAGCGGAUGGCACCCGUCAUCAUUGCCGGGGGCGAAAUUAUCGAAAACAGAAACGCGAGUGCCGAACUGACACGCACCGAGAGCAGCCAGAGCAUGUCUCUUCGACGCCCCAGUGUUGAGUCCAGGAAUAGCUCCCAAAUCUCGCUGUUCUCUCGCGAACAACCACGCAAUACCCUGUGGCCGUCACCUAUUCCACGCGGUGUUACACCAUCCCCUGCGCCUUCGUCUCGUCGCCCAUCUGAAAGCAGUGUUUCCGAGGCACAAACGUUGAAGCCUACCCUCGCCCUCCGGAGAUCUAUGCAGCGGCUCAAAUCUGGAGAACAAGAGCCUCCGAGACUGCCUAAGCCGAUCGUUACCAGGCCGCAAGUUGUGUCACCCUCUCUCACCAGCUUGGACGCCAGCAUUAUGUCGGAUGACUCCGUCUUUGACCCCUCGGUAGGCCUGGCCAAGGCCAAAACGGAACCGGCCACCUCGACCAACCUCGGCCCCAAGAAGCUCAUAAAACGUUCUCGAUCUCCCCGCAAGUGGAACUUCUUUGGUCGAUCCCAUAGCCAACCUGCCGUGGAGAAACAGGUAGAACCAGAGAAGCCCACUGUGGCCGCCGUCGAAGCACCUCCAAGCAAGCCUGUGGCCUUCUACACCUUGAUCGACUCGUCAGAGGCAGAGGAUGCAGAAACCCCAGACCUCGAUGAAGUGCUUCGAGAAGCCAAACGGGCAGAUACACCGCCAGCUCAACCGCCAGUGAAGGUUACGGAAGAUAAGAGACGCUCGACGCAAAUUCCAGUGCCCCAGGCGAAUAUGACUCCAUCGUCUAUCAUCCCAAAACGUACCGUCACCUCUCCUAUCAACCCUGCGCCGAUGUCUGCAGUACCAAUGUCGCCACCUGAGAGGCAGGCCAUGCCUCCACGACAGGCUCCUCCUCGACCGAGCAGACUCCCGCAAGUUGGUCGGAUUCCAAAGGUUGUCAGCGCCAGGACAGAACAAUUCUCGCCUCCCAGUUUCUCGAGACCCUUCAACAGACGAAGCAUCCAAGCACCAGCAGUGAAGUCCAUUGUCCAGAAUGUUGAACCAAUGGCCACUGCGCCCAUGCUUCCCAAGGACCUGACGCCUGAGCUCGUUCAGGACGAGCUGACGGAACGGAGCAUCAGCAACAUUUCAGCGUUGAUCUAUGGUAUCCCGAGGUUGUCUCCUGUCGACCCCAAUCGCUCUCAUCACGAGUUCUUCUCCUUUUCGCCACGGAAGAACUCCCAGUGCACGACAACAUCUUCGAGCAGCUCGGGUGGCUUCUUCAACUAUGCGGAAGCCACUGCAGUUGUCCCAGACCCCAGCGCUCCGCUUGCAGAGGAUGAGAUUUGGGACGAGUAUAACGAUCUGCUUGGGGAGGAUACUCCCAGGUUCUCUGCCAUUGGAGGCAAGGCCUGGCCGAAACCACUUCGUCUAGAGGCUACCAAACGGAUCGAGCCGGCUUUGGAGUCGCCUACUCUCAGCCCUCCGCCUCUGCCUAGUUUGGUGCAGGCUUUGCGUCAGGGCAUGGAGCAAACUAGCUCCAGUGUAUACACAACGGAAAUGGCUGAGGAAGUUCGACGUGCCUUGGAUACUGGCAUGUCUAUUUGCGUCUCUUUUCCCACUGCUGACAUGCCCACCACGGCUGCCGAACCUCAGAAGCCGGAGCCGGCACCGCAAGUCAACAACACACCAGCACAAGUUCAACAGACCCGCAUCUCGUCCGGCAGCUGCAGUAGCCAAAGCUCUGAGGAGAUCACACCAACCUCUCAAGUCAACCUCCGUGUGGGCUCCAUGACAGUCUCCAAGUGGCUCACUUUUGGCCAUGUGCUUUUCAGUCCCAUCCGCGACGAGCUCAUUCCUGAAGUUGGCUCCCUGAAACGUCCUUCCAUCUUGGUAAUUGACGGCCUCGGCAACGACGACUGGUCUUUUUAUGCUGCCGAAACGUAUCCCGCCGCAACUUUCUUCAACCUUUCUCCUCGGGCUCCUUUGCCUGCCGAGCAUCAAAACCGCAGCUCAACCUCCUCCAGCACCACCAUCCCUUUAAGCCCACCCAACCACCACCAAAUUCAGUACCGCUCGCAUCUCGACAAGUUUCCCUUUGGUGCCCAAUCCUUCACAGCAGUUGUAUUUCGCUUCCCUGCCGCCGGUCCUGAGUCCCACUACCGCAACAUCAUCUCAGAAGCCCGCCGCGUUCUCAAGCCAGGCGGAUUCAUCGAGCUGUCCAUUCUCGACGUUGACUUUAACAACAUGGGCAACCGUGGUCGGAGGGCUGUUCGUCGUUUGAAAGAAAGGAUCCACGCCCGCACCCCUGACACCAGUCUUGGUUCUACUUCGGACUUGAUCCUGCGUCUCAUCAACAGGAAGGGCUUCACCGACAUCAAGACCUGCCGAGUCGGCAUCCCCGUCGCAAGCCCAGCCACCCGAUCUUCAAGAGUCUCCUUUACCCAGACCAACAGCAACAAGAAGGAUGAACGUAGCCUGCCAGAGCUGAUGAGCGAGGAGGGACCGGUCGCUGAUGAAAGUAUCACGAGCAUGGUGGCCAAGGUGGGGAGGUGGUGGUAUACUAGGUGCUAUGAGAGCGCGGGAGUUGCCAAUCCGGGGAUGGGGUGGCCUGGGUCGAGGGGAAGCAUGUGGAGGGAUAGGAUGUUGGUGAAGGAGUGCGAGGAGUGGGGGACGAGUUUGAAGUUGAUGGUGUGUUAUGGACGAGUACCGGAUGGGAAUAGGGCGAGGGUGGCGAGUAUUUAA